GAAGUCGGCGUCGCCAGCACGCCAUCGCCGCCGCCGCCGCCGCCGCCAUGUCGCCGCUCGCCCGCUCACUGCUCGCUCUCACCGCGGUUAUCGUCGCCGUUGACGCAAGUGCCUGGAAGGUGCCGUACGGACAUGAACAGGGCUGUGCUGGAUUCAACAUGGCGGUAACGGGAGCCAUCGAGCCCCAACAGCAAGUAAAUUUCGACAUAACAGUCCCAACUAGUGAAAGCAUUCACGAUAUCCCCGACCGUUGCUCGAAGAUCGGUGGCAUAGUUCAGUACCAGAAAGUGGAAGUGUGCAACGCUUUCAGAGGACUGACGUCAUCACCAAGAAAAGCGCCUUCAGUCAAUUAUUUGAGAGAAGACAGCUUAUCACCAAUAUACGCGUCUUGCGAAGGCGCUGAAGAAUGCGGGCCUCUCGUGAUUCAUGUUGAACAGGCAUGCAACCCCGCGCCUCUUGGACAUACUCGUAUGUGAACAUACUACCCACAGACUACUUCAACUAUGCUAGGCAGCACAUAAAUUGAGGCCAAUACACAUAAGCGCUCCCGUACAAUAUUAGUAUGGGACUCGCACUCCCAUACUAAUAGUGUACGGGCGCUUAUACCCGUUGCGCCCACACGU